UGUAUAUUCUCUCUAAAAAAUCUGUUUACAGAUUCUUUUUAUUUUUUGUAUAUAUAUAUUAUCUAUAAUAUUAUUUUUGAUAAUGUAAAAUUUGAUUUUCUGUUAAUUAUUUGAAGAAUUGAAGCUGCCCCUCCUCCUUAUUUUCUCCAUAUUAUACGAUUUGGGGCCGUUUUGAUUAACAGUUUUUUUGGUAAAGAUUGAUUUUUGGGAGGUGUUGAUGUGAAGAUUGGUGUAAAAGUAAGUUGCAGUACAAAGAUGGUCACCGCGAGCAAUUUAGAUAUGCUUCUGAGCUUAGAUGAUCAUUUACAAAGGCCCAAUGGUAAUUUAGAAGAUAAUUUCCAAAGUGAGCUAGAUAUGAUCCUGCAAGCUCGGCGCAAUCAGCAUAAUGUCGAUCGUGAAAGGGAUCUGAAUAUUUAUAGGAGCGGCAGUGCUCCGCCAACUGUUGAGGGGUCAUUAAGUGCUGUGGGCAGUCUUUUUAGGAAUCCUGAUUUUAGUGAUGUUAGUAGCUAUAGUAAUAACAGUAGUAAUGCAGUUUUGACUGAUGAUGAGAUUCGCUCGCAUCCGGCUUAUCUUUCUUAUUAUUAUUCUCAUGAUAACAAUAACCCGAGACUACCUCCGCCGUUGCUGUCAAAAGAGGACUGGCGUGUGGCCCAAAGGUUUCAAGCUAAUGGAAAUUUGCUUGGUGGAAUUGGGGACUUGAGGAAGAGAAGAUUGGUUGAUGAGGGCGACGGUACGUCACUAUUUUCAAUGCAGCCUGGUCUUUCUGCACAGAAGCUGGAGAAUGAUUUGAUGGGAAUGAAGAACGUCAACAUAAAUAAUCUCUCUAUGCAGAACUCAGCGGAGUGGCUUGAUAGGGACUUGGGUGGUUCGACUGGAUUGCGGAGUGGGCUUGGAGCAAGGAGGAAGAGUUUUGCGGACAUUCUUCAGGAAGGACUUGAUAGACCUGCUUCCUUAUCGGCUCAUCUAUCACGCCCAGCUAGUCAUAAUGCUUUUGGUGAUCUCUUGGGCUUAUCUGGGGUUUCUGAUUCUCAUUCAGUUGGAUUUGGUGGCGGAUUAGAGCCCUUGGAUGUUUUGCGUUCUGGAUCAGCUUCCCCUUGCUUGGUAGGGGGUCAAAACCAUGGCACAUCUAUUUCUCAUUCUUUUGCUUCAGCAAUUGGUUCAUCACUUUCGAGGAGUACAACACCUGAUGGGAGGUCUCAUGGUUCAGGCCUUCCUCCUGUGGGAAGUAGAGUUUCCUCGCAUGAAAAAAAGAAUGCUAGUGCUGGGUCAACUGCUGAAAAUGGUCAUUCUCCUGGCAUGACUGAGCUUGGUGAACUUGCAGCUUCAUUAUCCGGUUUAAGAUUAUCAAAACUUAGGCAUGCAGAGGCAGAUGGUCAUGUUGAUCUGGACAAUCAGGCGGAUUUUCUUUUUAACAUGCCCAAUGGUCAAAACUUUUUACAGCAACAAUUCAGAGAGAAACCAAAUGCAGAAAAUCUCUCAUUUUCAACUAACCGCAUUGAUGUAGGAAGGAAAAACGGUGUCAUGCUAGGCCUCAAUGCUUCCGAGUUUAAUUCUAAUGGAGAAGUUAGUAUUCCCAAGAGAACAAGUUCUUUUACCAAUCUUCACUCAAAACUAAACUCCUCAGGCCUUGGAGGUUUGGAAAGAUCAAAUGGUCAUCUGCAAAAUGCAAAUAUUCCAAAUUUGGAUUUUGUUACGCAGACACCUGGUGCCUACGCCAGCAAUCAGAAGCUGGAUUCCUUGCUGAAGAACCAUCUUGAUGCAGCCUUAGGUAGCAAUGGAAUUGCGCAUAGUUUAAAUAGAGUGGAAAAUCAAGCUAUGCCUGAUCUUCAUUCUCAAGUUAUGGACUCGCGUUAUGCUCAGUACUUGCAAAGAACUUCUGAUUAUGCAACACAGGCAAAUAAUCAAUUUAGAAACCUUUUUGGAUCCUCACAUGGAAAUUUGAAUGAAUUUCAGAAAGCAUACCUGGAAGAAUUGCUUGCUCAACAAAAUCAUCAGUAUGAUCCUCUAAUGGUUAAGCCUGGAGGUAUGAAUCAGGGGUACCUUAGGGAUCCAUCAUAUGGCCUUGGCAUGCCAUAUAUGGGCAAUUCGAUGGCCAACUCUGUUCUUCCUUCUGUUGGAUCAGGAAGUUUUCGGAAUGAACAAGUUGCACACCUUAAUUCAAUGAUGCGAAAUUCAAUGGGCGGAUCUAUUGGGUCGUGGCACCCUGAUGUUGGAAGCAAUAUAGAAAGAAGAUUUGUUUCAUCGUUGUUGGAGGAGUUUAAGAACAACAAAAGUAGAUCUUUUGAACUUUCGGACAUUACUGAUCAUGUUGUUGAAUUCAGUACGGAUCAGUAUGGAAGUCGCUUUAUACAGCAGAAACUAGAAACUGCUACAGAUGAUGAAAAAAACAAUAUCUUUCCUGAAAUUAUUCCUCAUGCUCGUACCUUGAUGACUGAUGUAUUUGGAAAUUAUGUCAUACAGAAAUUUUUCGAGCAUGGUACAGAAAGUCAAAGAGCAGAGUUAGCCAGUGAGCUAACAGGUCAUGUUUUACCUCUCAGCCUUCAAAUGUAUGGAUGCAGAGUAAUUCAGAAGGCUUUGGAGGUGGUAAGGGUGGAUCAGCAAACUCAAAUGGUAGCUGAGCUUGAUGGUUCAAUAAUGAAAUGUGUUCGUGAUCAGAAUGGUAAUCAUGUUAUUCAAAAGUGUAUUGAAUGUGUGCCUGAAGACCAGAUUCAGUUUAUUGUUUCUUCUUUCUACGGGCAAGUAGUGGCACUUUCUACUCAUCCUUACGGUUGCCGCGUUAUUCAGAGGGUCCUUGAACACUGUGAGAGCAUGAAGACACAAAAAAUUAUUAUGGAUGAAAUUAUGCAAUCUGUCUGCAUUCUUGCACAGGAUCAAUAUGGGAACUAUGUUAUUCAGCAUGUCCUUGAACACGGAAAACCACAUGAACGUUCUGCUAUCAUUGGGAAGCUUGCUGGGCAAAUUAUAAAGAUGAGUCAGCAGAAAUUUGCUUCGAAUGUGGUGGAGAAGUGCCUAACCUUUGGUGGUCCUGCAGAGCGUCAACUUUUGGUGACUGAGAUGCUGGGUACUACUGACGAAAAUGAACCUCUGCAGGUCAUGAUGAAAGAUCCCUUCGGAAAUUAUGUUGUGCAAAAGGUGCUUGAAACCUGUGAUGAUCGGAGUCUUGAGCUAAUUCUUUCUCGUAUCAAGGUUCAUUUAAACGCCCUGAAGAGGUAUACUUAUGGAAAACAUAUAGUCUCCCGUGUCGAGAAGCUCAUUACUACCGGAGAAAGACGCAUAGGAAUGUCAGCCUCAUUCUCGACUUAAAGGCACUUUUAACCAGAAACAUGGAAGGCAGUUUUUCUUUGCUGCAGCUGAAAGUAAAAACGAGGUUGAUAUUUUUCUGUACAGCUAACAUGGAAGGCAAUUUUCCGGAUUUCUCAUCUUUAUUUUCUGCAAAGAUUAUAACUGUAAAUAAAUAUAAAGCUACGAGGCCUAUGGAAUAAGAUCUUUUUUGUUAGUAUCAUUAUUGUAAAGUCAACUAGCUAUGUAAUUAGUAGCGUUCUUUCACAAGAAAUCAGGUCGAGAAGUUUCGCGGCUUUUUCGAGAACGUGGUGCCUUUCCGAGAGUGCAGAGUAUUUAUUAGUCUGUAAAGAGAUUAAAUGUAAAUGUUUAACUUGGAUGGUAAACGCAAUAAAGGAGUUUAGAUCAUUGAUCUAACCUGCAUA